AUGGCGGGCAGCUACACCCCGUCCAGCAUCCCAGGUGACAGGCUGUGCAGGAAAUUCUUCCGGAGAGUCUUCGGGCGGAAGAGCACCAUUAGCUGUCCAGCGGGCCCCUUGAAGACACCCAGCAAAGACAUCAGGAGCAAGCCACCAGAGGAACAAGGAAAAGAUGGAGGUAGUCAGGAGGAGGAGGAGGAGGAGGAGGAGGAGGAGGAGGAGGAGGAGGAGGAGGAGGAGGAGGAAUAUGACGAAGAAGAAGAAGAAGAAGAAGAAGAAGAAGAAGAAGAAGAAGAAGAAGAAGAAGAAGAAGAAGAAGAAGAAGAAGAAGAAGAAGAAGAAGAAGAAGAAGAAGAAGAAGAAGAAGAAGAAGAAGAAGAAGAAGAAGAAGAAGAAGAAGAAGAAGAAGAAGAAGAAGAAGAAGAAGAAGAAGAAGAAGAAGAAGAAGAAGAAGAAGAAGAAGAAGAAGAAGAAGAAGAAGAAGAAGAAGAAGAAGAAGAAGAAGAAGAAGAAGAAGAAGAAGAAGAAGAAGAAGAAGAAGAAGAAGAAGAAGAAGAAGAAGAAGAAGAAGAAGAAGAAGAAGAAGAAGAAGAAGAAGAAGAAGAAGAAGAAGAAGAAGAAGAAGAAGAAGAAGAAGAAGAAGAAGAAGAAGAAGAAGAAGAAGAAGAAGAAGAAGAAGAAGAAGAAGAAGAAGAAGAAGAAGAAGAAGAAGAAGAAGAAGAAGAAGAAGAAGAAGAAGAUCACGAGGAGGAAAAGAAGGGACAUCUAUAUACUGCAUACAUGAAAAAGGGAAAAAAAAAAGUCUCCCUCCAUCUAUCCAUCCCAUAUCCUCUCCCUUCUUCCUUUCUUCCUCUCACCAGAAUAACCAUGCACGCCCUUGAACCCACGGAAACGGCGGCAUUGUUGCUCAUGACGCGGCUACAGAGGUGGCAGGUGGGUGCUGUGGUGGUGGUGGCGGUGGUGGUGGUAGUGCCGGUGGUAGUUGUGAAGUUUUUGGAGAUGGGUCUUAAUGCUGGUGCUUCUUAUGGUCGGGGCCCCGAUUAUGUGUCAUGCAUAUCACCCUCAAGACGCCGCCAUGACGACAAACUAGUUUCACUGCGUCCACCUGACUCGGCGUGUCCCGAGCGUCGUGCAGGACCACCUCUGCCCGGCGCGGCGUGGAGGCCGUGUGGUGGCCGCCUCUGCACCGCCGCCCACCGCCACACCUGA